CGUAGGCAUUUAGAAAAAUCUUCUCUAUCGACGUUGAUCAAGUUCCUCGACGUGUUUCACUUCACCUUAAUCUAAUCAGUGGCGCCAUCUUUUUUUUUUUUACGUUAAGUCGCGAGACGCUGUCAUGAUUAAGUUGCUUUUCUUCUUUCCUUCCUUCGUUGAGAUUUAAACUGCCGACGAGAGAUUUUCACGAGACUUAAUCGGUGAUACUGUUUUAAAAAAUAUUAACGGCGAUUAAGACCGGGGAUGGAGAUAUGUAAGGAAUUUUAAUCAAAUCCGUGGCACUGUUUUUAAAAUGUUAACGGCGAUGCGAGAUUUAGACGAAAAGAAAAAAAAAAAGAGAGAGUAUUAAGGCAGUGUUUUAAAGAUAUUAACCGAAUCGAUGUGAAAUUUUGACGAGAGAAAAGAAAAAGUAUUAGAGUAUUAAAUCAGGCCUGUUAUGAAAAUAUUAACAGCUAUGCGAGGUCUUAAUAAAGAAAAAGAGGGAAAAUUAGGACAGAGGAGUACGAUAUAAAUCAGUGGCACUGUUUUAAAAUGUAUUCCCUGGGAAUGAAAAUCGUGUCGACUAACCGGAGGAGAUAUUUUCUUCAUUCAGGGGGUCAUUAUAUUUGAUUCGGGUAAAUUAUAAUAAAUCACUCGCAACGUCUCUUCGGGGUAAUGAAUAUCUGUUUGAGCUUGAGUCGAAUAAUUCUUUGGUUCGAUGAAUUUCUUGCUUUUUUCGCUUUUCUUUCUCAGGGCGUUAAUGCCGAGAUUUUCCAGGAAGGGCUUGAUUGUACAUUUAUGUGGACUGCUCGGUGGGCUUACCCUCGACCUCGGGUUCAGAUUUAACGAAAUAGCGGCGCCAUUGCGUGAAUUAAGCACCCCUCGUCGAAUUAAUCGGUCUACUUGCUACGUUCACGGGGUUACACGGCGUGAGAACAACGGGGAGAGUUUUCCAGCGACCCGCCAGAGUGGGCAUUGCUCGUAUUUCCCCGUUUCCUUGGCUAAGAUCUUUAUUAAAAAAAAAAAAGAGAGAGAGAGAAAGAAUUGAUACGCUCCUUGGCUCCUUCGAGACGAUCGUCUCGUCCUCGUCGUCGUCGUAGUCGCCCCUCUUUUUCGAUUCCUAACCUCAGGGCGCACCGCCCGGGUGGCCCGAUAACUCUUUUACAGUUAAAUAUAACGAGUAAAUGCCGAGCAUACCGUAGUACACGGAGUUUUUGACUACACCUUCGAGUAGAACGAUAGAUCCCCUCGUGACCUGAUCACGUAUCCCCGUACGCUACUAUUGUAUAUUAUUUUUUUUUUAUAUAUAUAUAUAUAUAUAAAUAAAACCAUCUACGGCCGACCGGUAAAAUUCUCAAUCUUGUGUCUCGCUGGAACUCGCUUUUAUGCAACGAUUUUUCUUCUCUUCACGCUACAUUUUUCUUUUUUUUUUCUUUUUCUUGGGGGAAAUGUAUUCAUUGUGGAAAUGCGCUUCGUAUCGUCGUGGGCGGAAUCUAAUCGAUUGAAUUGUCUGGAAUCGUCUGGGAAACGUAAAAUUGGAAAUGAGAUUUUUGAGGAGUUGGCGCCAUCUGGCGGCUGCUUAGGGAAACUUAUCCACGUUUAGUAUGGACAUUCACCUAGUUUUACGCUGAGUCCACGUGUUACUAAUAAAUUUGAAAUAUAUUAAUACAGCGAUGUGAUGAUAUUCAUAUUCAUUGUCACAUUAAAUUGUGGUGUGAAGUGAUUUAUGCUUAUUAGCGCGUGUACGUUCGGUAAAAACAGAUACAAAACAUGCAGAAACGUGUAGUCUCGUUUUCAAGUCAUUUAUAUCGCGUACAAAACUUGUAAUACAAAAUACCUAGUAAUUUACCGAAAAAACUAUGUAGGAGUAUGUAAAUUACCUGGGAUAUUUUACUUACCGAACCCUAAGCUGAAGUUCCUAGGAUCGUGCGUGCGUACAGCAUGGAAUAGGAUACAAUCUCCUUCCAGUAUUUUGGAAAGGAUUUUAUCUUGAAACAACGAGACUGGAAUAAAAGUGUAACUAAUUUUCGAAAUAAAAUGAGUAAUUCCGACGAUACUUUUGCUCAGCUUCAAUUGAAUUCAUGGAUCGUGGCACAGUGCAAGUCUAUAGGUAUAUCAACACCUACUCCGAUUCAGAAAAAUUGCAUUCCACGCAUUUUGGCUGGUGACGAUUGUAUCGGGUGUGCGAAGACUGGCAGUGGAAAGACGCUUGCAUUUGCUCUGCCCAUUCUACAAGUAUUAUGCGAUGAUCCUUACGGAAUUUUUGCUCUCGUAUUGACUCCAUCGAGAGAAUUAGCAUUUCAAAUCGGCGAUCAAUUCGCUGCAAUUGGUAAACCAAUUAAUCUUAAGAAAUGUGUCAUCGUUGGAGGCAUGGACAUGGUGGCUCAAGCUCAAGAGCUAGCCAAAAGCCCUCACAUCGUUGUCGCUACACCGGGACGCCUUGCAGAUCAUUUGGAGAGCUCCGAUAGUUUCUCCCUGAAAAGAAUUAAAUUCUUAGUAGUUGACGAAGCUGACAGAUUACUGGGAGGAGAAUUUGAUGGGCAGAUGCAAACGAUAUUUCAAGCACUACCAAAGAAUAAACAGUCCUUGUUUUUCAGUGCAACGAUCACAGAUACAUUGAAUGAACUGAAGCGGAUAGCAUCUAAAAAGGUUUUUACAUGGGAAGCUCAAGAUGACACAGGAUUAGCGACGGUCAAACAACUGGAUCAACGAUAUGUACUGAGUUCAGCAGAUGCACGUGAUGCGACGUUAGUAGAAACUGUUAGAACAUACAGAGACAACAAUAAUGAUGGGUCGAUUGUCAUAUUCACUGAUACGUGCAAACGUUGCCAAUUAUUAUCGAUGAUGCUGACUGAAAUAGGAUUUACAAAUGUAGCAUUGCAUUCGAUAUUAAAGCAAAAAGAACGUACAGCAGCUCUUGCAAAGUUCAAGUCUAACCUUGUCAAGAUUUUGAUCGCAACAAAUGUAGCGGCUAGAGGUCUUGAUAUUCCUACGGUCAAGUUAAUUAUUAAUCAUGUAUUACCGAAUAUUCCAAAGGAGUAUAUUCACAGAGUCGGCAGAACUGCCAGAUCUGGAAGAGAAGGAAUGGCAAUUAGUAUAAUUACACCAUGCGAUGUCAAGCUGUUGCAAGAGAUAGAAAAUACUAUCGGAACAAAACUAACUGAGUACAAAGUAAAUGAUAACGAAGUUGUUAAAAUUUUCACUCAAGUCUCAAUUGCCAAGCGAGAGGCUGAACUACAUCUUGACGAGACCGAUUACUUUGAGAAGAAAAUUAUGUAUAAACGAAAGAAACUAAUUAUGGAAGGAAAGGAUCCUGAUGAAGUGGAAAUUCUACUUAGUAAAAAGAAAAGAAAAAAGAAAAAGAGUGAAGCAGUGAUAGUACGAUCACUGGGAUGAAACCGAUACAUUUGAGUGAUUAUCCAGAAAACUAGAUAAAACUGAAGAAAGUUGAACCGACGCCAUUCUAUUCUAAAGUAGAAUUGGUACAUAAAAUUUGUGAUUUGAAGUCACUGAAUUUUUUUAAUGAACUGUUAUAUUAAAUAAAGACUUAGUGUAAGCAACUACAAUGUAAUUUAUGAUCGCAAACCAGUUGAAGAUGGUUUAAUAAAAUAAAGAAAAUCACCGAA